AAUCCCCUCUCCAGUGACAACGCGUCAUCCCUGUGCAGCACUGUGGAUUACAAGCCCCCGCCGCCGGAGGAGGAGGAGGUGGCGCACGAGGCCGAGGACAGCAAUGAGCCUGAGGAGUGCUUCACCGAAGCCUGUGUGAAGAGGUUUCCCUGCCUCUACGUGGACAUCACCAGCAACAGAGGGAAGAUAUGGUGGAACAUCCGGAGAACCUGCUUCCGCAUAGUGGAGCAUGACUGGUUCGAGACCUUCAUCGUCUUCAUGAUCCUCCUCAGCAGUGGGGCGCUGGCUUUUGAGGACAUCUACAUUGAACAACGAAGGGUGAUACGCACCAUCCUGGAGUACGCCGACAAGGUCUUCUCCUACGUCUUCGUCAUUGAGAUGUUGCUCAAGUGGGUAGCCUACGGUUUCAAGGUGUACUUCACCAAUGCAUGGUGCUGGCUGGAUUUCCUCAUCGUUGAUGUUUCCAUUAUCAGCCUGACAGCGAACUGGCUGGGAUACUCCGAGCUGGGAGCCAUCAAGUCCCUGCGGACACUGAGGGCUCUGAGACCACUGCGUGCCCUGUCCAGAUUUGAAGGCAUGAGGGUGGUGGUGAACGCCUUGCUGGGUGCCAUCCCCUCCAUCAUGAAUGUCCUGCUGGUCUGCCUCAUCUUCUGGCUGAUAUUCAGCAUCAUGGGGGUGAACCUCUUUGCGGGGAAGUACUACCGAUGCAUCAACACCACCUCAGGGGAGCUCUUCGACAUCAGUGUCGUGAACAAGAAGAAUGAUUGCAUGGCCCUCCUCUACACCAAUGAGGUCAGAUGGGUCAAUGUCAAGGUCAACUUCGACAACGUGGGCUUGGGAUACCUCUCCUUGCUGCAAGUGGCGACCUUCAAAGGCUGGAUGGACAUCAUGUAUGCCGCCGUGGACUCGCGUGAGAUUGAAGAGCAGCCAGUGUAUGAGAUCAACCUCUACAUGUACAUCUACUUUGUCAUCUUCAUCAUCUUCGGUGCCUUCUUUACCUUGAACCUCUUCAUUGGUGUCAUCAUUGACAACUUCAACCAGCAGAAGAAAAAGUUUGGAGGAAAAGAUAUCUUCAUGACCGAAGAGCAGAAGAAAUACUAUAAUGCCAUGAAGAAGCUUGGCUCCAAGAAACCCCAGAAGCCCAUCCCCAGGCCAUCGAACAAGUUUCAAGGGAUGGUGUUUGACUUUGUUACCAAGCAAGUGUUUGACAUAACCAUCAUGAUCCUGAUUUGUCUUAACAUGGUGACCAUGAUGGUUGAAACAGAUGAUCAAAGUGAACUCAAAACAUCUGUCCUCUACAAGAUAAACCUGGUCUUCAUCGUCAUCUUCACCGGAGAGUGUGUGCUCAAAAUGUUUGCCUUGCGUUACUACUACUUCACUAUCGGCUGGAACAUCUUUGACUUUGUGGUGGUCAUCCUAUCCAUCCUAGGUAUCGUCCUCUCAGAUAUUAUAGAGAAGUACUUUGUAUCACCCACCCUCUUCAGGGUCAUCAGGCUGGCAAGGAUUGGCCGUGUCCUCCGGCUGAUCCGAGGGGCAAAAGGCAUCCGGACUCUCCUCUUUGCUCUGAUGAUGUCUUUGCCUGCCCUGUUCAACAUCGGCCUCCUGCUUUUCCUCGUCAUGUUCAUCUACUCCAUCUUCGGGAUGUCCAACUUUGCCUAUGUAAAGAAGGAGGCGGGGAUCGAUGACAUCUUCAACUUUGAAACUUUUGGGAACAGCAUGAUCUGCCUUUUCCAGAUCACCACGUCAGCUGGAUGGGAUGGCCUCCUCAGCCCAAUCCUGAACAGCGGUCCCCCCGACUGUGACCCCGACCUGGAAAACCCUGGCAGUUCAGUAAAGGGGGACUGUGGCAAUCCAUCCAUCGGCAUCUUCUUCUUCUGCAGCUACAUCAUCAUUUCCUUUCUCAUAGUGGUGAACAUGUACAUUGCCAUCAUCCUGGAGAACUUCAACGUGGCCACAGAGGAGAGCAGCGAACCCCUCUGCGAAGAUGAUUUUGAAAUGUUUUAUGAAACUUGGGAGAAGUUUGACCCUGAUGCUACCCAGUUCAUUGCGUACAGCACUUUGUCUGACUUUGUAGACACCUUACAGGAGCCACUCAAAAUUCCCAAGCCAAACAAGAUCAAGCUAGUCACCAUGGAUCUACCAAUGGUUGCUGGGGACAAAAUCCACUGUCUGGAUAUCCUGUUUGCCCUGACUAAGGAAGUGCUGGGAGACUCGGGAGAGAUGGAUGCCUUGAAGGCCACCAUGGAGGAGAAGUUCAUGGCCGCAAAUCCCUCGAAGGUUUCCUAUGAACCCAUCACCACCACUCUGAAAAGGAAACACGAGGAAGUCUGUGCUACAAAAAUCCAGAGGGCUUUCCGGAGGUACCUCCUGAGGCGCUCCGUGAAGCAGGCAUCCUACAUGUACAGGCACAGUAAGGACGAGGAUGCCCUGAGAGAGGAGGCACCCGAGAAGGAAGGUCUGAUCGCCACCAAAAUGCAUGAGAUGUAUGGGAACAGUGGGACAGGUGUGGAGACAGCCCCUGCCUUUGGUCUUGCACCCAUUCCCAGCUCAGAGACUCAAGAUGCUCCUGGAGAAGCAAAAGCGUGGGAUAAGGACCGUGUUGUGAAAGAGUCGCUGGUAUAA